CGCGGGCGGAGGCCCGAGGUGCCGCGGCGCCGUCCGACAGUGACGGGUCGCAAACUUGUGUGCGGUGGUGGGCGCCGCGGCUGAGGAUGAGGGGGUGCGGUCACCGCUCGGGGCCGCCGCCGUUGCUGCUGCUGCUGCUGCUGCUGCUGCUGCCGCCGCCGCUGCUGCUCGCGGCGCCCGGCCCUGGCGCGGCCCGGGUCUCGGCGCUCUACUCGUCCUCCGACCCGCUGACGCUGCUGCAGGCGGACACGGUGCGCGGCUCUGUCCUCAACUCCCGCAGCGCGUGGGCGGUGGAGUUCUUCGCCUCCUGGUGCGGCCACUGCAUCGCCUUCGCCCCGACGUGGAAGGCGCUGGCCAAGGACGUCAAGGACUGGAGGCCAGCGCUGAAUCUCGCUGCCCUGGACUGUGCUGAUGAGUCUAAUACCGCCGUCUGCAGAAACUUCAGCAUUUCUGGCUUCCCUACCGUGAGGUUCUUUAAGGCCUUUUCCAAGAGUGGAAUUGGAGCAACGAUUCCAGUGGCUGGAGCUAAUGUGCAGACCCUGCGGGAGAGGCUCAUUGAUGCCCUGGAGUCCCACCAUGACACAUGGCCCUCAGCUUGUCCACCACUGGAACCUGCCAGGCUGGCGGAGAUUGAAGGAUUUUUUGCAAGAAACAAUGAAGAAUAUCUGGCUUUGGUCUUUGAAAAGGAAGGCUCCUACUUGGGUAGAGAGGUAACUCUGGAUCUGUCCCAGCACCAAGGCAUGGUGGUGCGCAGGGUCUUGAACACAGAGGGUGAUGUGGUGAACAAGUUUGGUGUCACUGACUUCCCAUCUUGUUACCUGCUGUUUCGGAAUGGCUCUGCCUCCCGAGUCCCUGUGCUGGUGGAAUCCAGGUCGUUCUACACUGCCUACCUGCAGAGGCUCUCUGGGCUUACCAGGUCGGCUCCCCAGACCACAGCUGUGCCGACUGCUGCUGACACGGUAGCACCCACAGUGUGGAAACUGGCAGAUCGAUCCAAGGUCUACAUGGCUGAUCUGGAAUCUGCGCUGCACUACAUCUUGCGGAUAGAAGUGGGCAAGUUCUCAGUCCUGGAGGGUCAGCGCCUGGUAGCCCUGAAAAAGUUUGUGGCAGUGUUGGCCAAGUAUUUCCCUGGCCAGCCCUUGGUCCAGAACUUCCUGCACUCAAUAAAUGACUGGCUUAAGAGGCAACAGAAAAAGAAAAUUCCCUACAGUUUCUUUAAUGCUGCCCUGGACAGCAGAAAGGAGGACACUGUUCUUGCCAAGAAGGUGAACUGGGUUGGCUGCCAGGGGAGUGAGCCACAUUUCCGGGGCUUUCCCUGCUCCCUGUGGGUCCUCUUCCACUUCCUGACUGUACAGGCAAGUCAGCAAGGUGUAGACCACUCGCAAGAGCCAGCCCCAGGCCAGGAGGUCCUCCAGGCCAUCCGGAACUAUGUCCGUUUCUUCUUCGGUUGCCGGGACUGUGCUGACCACUUUGAGCAGAUGGCUGUUGGCUCCAUGCACAAGGUCCAGAGUCGGAAUGAAGCCGUUCUCUGGCUCUGGUCUGGCCACAACAGGGUCAAUGCUCGCCUCGCAGGUGCCCCCAGCGAGGACCCCCAGUUCCCCAAGGUGCAGUGGCCGCCUCCUGAACUCUGUUCUGCCUGUCAUAAUGAACUCAGUGGGGAGCCUGUGUGGGACCUGGGCGCCACCCUCAACUUUCUCAAGGCCCACUUCUCCCCACAAAACCUGGUCCUGGACUUCCCUGCAGCUGGGCCAGCCCCCCGGAGGGGUGCACAGGGUUUGGCAGCUACCCCAAAGCUGGGCAUGGGAGUGCUGGAACUGGUGACCAGAAAUUCAACACUGGGUUCUGAGCAGGCUGAGCUCAAGGAGUCCCCUGGAGCCACAGUCCCAGAUGUCCCCGCUGAGAUGCCUGAGGCAAAUGGCACCCCAGAGCUGCAGUGGGGCCUUGCCAUGAGCAGAGCUGCUCCUGAGCACACGGCCGCACUCCAGAGAGGGGCCCUGGAGCAGCCCCAGGAGCAGCGGCACCUGGACAAGCGAGACACGAGGGCCGUGCUGCUGGCUGGGGCCUGGGCUGAGGAGAGCCGCAGAGAGGCACUGAGGCAAGGAGGCCCUGGCUCCAAGCAGCUGGCCGGCAUCCCCGAGGGGAUGCCCAGGGCCCUCGCUGUGUCCAGCCAAGGCCAGUGGCUGCAGGUGCUGGGAGGGGGCUUCUCCCACCUGGACAUCAGCCUCUGUGUGGGGCUCUACUCCCUGUCCUUCAUGGGCUUGUUGGCAGUGUACACCUACUUCAGGGCCAGGAUGAGGGCCCUGAAGGUCCAUGCUGGUCACCCUGCAGCCUGAACCAUCCAGCUUGUGAGGGGCAGGAAAGAGAGCUGCCAUCUCUUGGGCUUUUCUGGCCCCUUGCCCCCUUGCCUUCCUCCAGCCUCUGUCCCUGUUGGGAGAUGGGAAGUCCAGGAAAGCCAGCUGCUCCAGUGAACCCCCUGCAUCUGCUGGAAAGAGAGUUCCAUAGAUACAAAAGACAGGAACAGGGUCCAGGUGCAUUGCCCAGCAGUGGGCAGGCCACACCUCUGGUGUGGGGAUUAGGGCACAAGCCCUGCCCCUCAGCACCACAUUCCUGUUUUCCAGCUUAUUUGAAGUCCUGCUUCAUUCUUGCUAAAGACUCAAUUUCUUCUGCUUGGUCUUAGCCCUUAAAUUGGGGCAAGUGAGCCUAGAAUUUCCAAGGUGUCUCAUCCAGAGGAGGGCCUCCCAGGCUAGGGGGCCGAGUGGACUUCCUCACUGCAUUGCUUCCCCAGUCUGGACACAAAGAGGUCUUUAUACCUGAAAAAGAAGGACACACUCAGACCCUUUCUGGCCUGCCCAGCCUUCAGCUCCUCAGAUCUGUGUGGGGCUCUUGGCUCAGGAUGGGGUUGGGGGACUGGAAGCUUCUGGAAAUAAUGCUUUCUGGGUGAGGAUAUCUGCUAUAAGAGUAGUAUAGGUUAGGGCUGGUGGACUUGCCCUGAUGGGAGGGUGACAGUUGCUGGACUGAAAGGUGUGUGGCUUGGUUGGUGACCUGAGGGGUGGUGGUAGGUGAGGGGAAAGGCGCUGGGAUCGUAGAUGCCUUGGUGCUUAGCCCAGGGGGAAGGGGACAAGCUUUGACUUCUCCCCAUUGGGCUGCAUCCCUCUUAACUGGGUCUUUGUUUUUUAUUUUGGUCUCCAUGCUGUCCUUCAGAUGUGGAGGGUGAUGGGUUGAGGACAGUGAGGGGAGUGUCCUCUCUUUCAAGGUCUGAGGGGAGGACUGGCUGUACUCAUGCCAGUUCCCUCUCCCGCUGCUUGGGAGGGUGCUGAAUAAAUCAUUCUCGCUGAGGCA